GCUCCUAAUCGUGAGCUCAUGACUUACUGGCUGCAGGAGCUUCAGCAGAAAAGAUGGGAAUAUUGCAACAGCCUCGACAUGGUCAAAUGGGACAGCAGGACUUCCCCAACUCCAGGGGAUUUUCCUAAGGGCCUCGUAGCCAGAGAUAACACAGAUAUAAUUCCCCAGCACCCGAAUCCUUCUGCGGAAAAAGCCAGAACUGUGCUCGCUGUGGAAGCUGCCCCUGGAGAGCUGGUGGGAGACCGAGCUGCUCGCCAGCCAGCCCCAGGGCAUCCGAAUUCCAUUAACUUUUACUCUCUGAAGCAGUGGGGUAAUGAGCUCAAAAAUUCAAUGUCAUCCUUCCGUCCUGGGAGAGGGCACAGUGAGAGUCGCAGGACUGUGUUUUACACCAAUGAAGAGUGGGAACUUUUAGACCCACCUCCUAAGGACCUAGAGGAGUCCCUGAUACAGGAAGAAAGGAAAAAGCAGAUGCCUGAGGGGAGCAAAGGAGUCACUAGUUCAGGAUUCCCCUUCGAGUUUGGACGGAACCCUUACAAAGGAAAGCGCCCCUUGAAAGACAUAAUUGGAUCAUACAAAAACCGCCACAGCAGUGGUGAUCCUUCGAUUGAGGGAACAUCACCCAGUGGUGGAAGCCUUACUAAGCCCGUCUCUGAGAUGCAGCUGCAGAUUCAAAGCCAGCAGGAAGAACUGGAGCAACUCAAGAAGGACCUGUCCAGUCAGAAGGAGCUCAUUCGGCUGCUCCAGCAGACAGUCCGGUCUUCUCAAUAUGACAAGUAUUUUACGAGCCACCAAAUCAGCCAGGGGGUCCCCAGGGACACACUGGAGCUUCUCCACCAGAAGGACGAGCAGAUCCUGGGCCUGAGUGGCCAGCUGGAGAGGUUCGGCCUGGAGAAGGAGAGUCUGCAGCAGGAAGUGAGGACGCUGAAGAGCAAGGUGGGCGAGCUCAACGAGCGGCUGGGGAUGCUGAUGGAGACCAUCCAGGCCAAGGACGAGGUCAUCAUCAAGCUCAGCGAGUGUGAGGGCAGCGUGUCUUCGCCCACCUUGGGGCCAAGCUCUCCUUUGGCCACACCAGCCAGCAGAGACCAGCUGGAGCUGGACAGGCUAAAAGAUAGUCUACAAGGGUACAAAACCCAAAAUAAAUUUCUAAAUAAGGAAAUUUUGGAACUCUCUGCUCUACGAAGAAAUGCAGAAAGGAGAGAGAGGGAUCUGAUGGCAAAGUAUUCUAGUCUGGAAGCCAAGCUCUGCCAGGUAGAAAGUAAGUACUUGAUACUGCUUCAAGAAAUGAAGACACCAGUUUGCUCAGAAGAACAGGGGCCUACCAGGGAUGUCAUAGCCCAGUUGCUGGAGGAUGCUCUGCAGGUUGAGAGCCAAGAGCAGCCGGAGCAGGCAUUCAUUAAGCCUCAUCUGGUCAGUGAGUUUGACAUCUACGGGUUUAGGACUGUCCCUGAUGACGAUGAGGAAGAGAAAUUGGUGGCCAAAGUCCGAGCAUUGGACCUGAAGACUCUGUACCUCACAGAAAACCAAGAAGUUUCCACUGGGGUCAAGUGGGAAAACUAUUUUGCAAGCACAAUGAACAGGGAGAUGGUAUGCUCUCCGGAGCUCAAGAACCUGAUCCGAGCAGGCAUUCCGCACGAGCACCGCUCCAAAGUGUGGAAGUGGUGUGUCGACCGUCACACCAGGAAGUUCAAGGACAGCAUGGAGCCUGGCUACUUCCAGAGCUUGCUCCAGAAGGCACUGGAGAAACAGAAUCCUGCCUCUAAGCAGAUUGAGCUGGACCUGUUGCGGACUCUGCCCAACAACAAACAUUACUCCAGCCCCACAUCAGAAGGCAUCCAGAAGCUGCGCAAUGUCCUGCUAGCCUUCUCCUGGCGAAAUCCAGAUAUUGGCUACUGCCAAGGCCUCAACAGGUUGGUGGCAGUGGCCCUCCUUUACCUGGAACAGGAAGAUGCUUUCUGGUGUCUCGUCAGCAUCGUGGAAGUCUUCAUGCCUCGAGACUAUUACACAAAGACUCUGCUGGGGUCCCAGGUGGACCAGCGGGUGUUCAGAGACCUCAUGAGUGAGAAGCUGCCUCGAUUGCACACCCAUUUUGAGCAGUACAAAGUGGACUAUACCCUCAUCACCUUCAACUGGUUUCUGGUGGUAUUUGUGGACAGUGUUGUCAGUGACAUCCUUUUCAAAAUAUGGGACUCUUUCCUUUAUGAGGGACCAAAGGUUAUUUUCCGUUUUGCCCUGGCACUUUUUAAAUACAAGGAAGAGGAGAUCCUGAAACUGCAAGAUGCCAUGUCCAUCUUCAAGUAUCUCCGUUACUUCACUCGAACUAUCCUUGAUGCCAGGAAGCUGAUCAGCAUCUCCUUCGGGGAUCUGAACCCCUUCCCCCUGCGCCAGAUUCGGAACCGGCGAGCCUACCACUUAGAGAAGGUCCGGCUGGAGCUGACAGAGCUGGAGGCCAUCCGAGAGGAUUUCCUGCGUGAGCGGGACACUAGCCCUGACAAAGGCGAGCUGGUUAGCGAUGAGGAGGAAGACACUUGAAUGAACCCCCACCCUAGGAUGCUGCUCUUCAUGCCUUUACAACCAAAAGUAGCAAAGAGGACUCCAGGCAUGCCUCUGCUCAUUCAGCUGCCAGAAUGUAACAACUGUGGCCUCUGGGUAUCUGCUGGGCAGAUGACCCAAACUAAGCUGCACUUUCCCAUCUCCCAUUUGGGGGCUGGCUGCAGGUUAGGGGGACUGGUGGCUUUAGAGCCAUUUCCAUGUCAAGGCAUUCAGUCACAUGCAUCACAGUCAUGCUGCCUGAUUGGUGCCUCGCCAGUUGACUGUUUCCAAGGGCCUGUUUACAGCGUCUGCCCAUUGUGUGAGUGUUUGACCCUGCAAAUCUACUAUACUCCACGUC